UUCCCACUUGCUCUGGCUGGAGUCGCUGCUAUGGCUUUCGUAAUUCAAAGUACGCGCACUAGGCAACUCUGUUCACUGGUGGCCGGAAUAAUGAUCGUAUUAUGGGCAGUACCAACAACAGCAACAGCAGCACCAGAAGCACCGCCUGCCCUUACAGGGUGCACCGAAAUGUGUGGUGAAAUCCCAAUUCCAUUUCCAUUUGGGAUAAGCGAUGGAUGUUUCUUUAAAUCAGAGUUCCGCAUCACUUGUGACGAAUCCACCACACCCCCAUCAGCAAACCUCACAAAUACUACUAUUUCCAUCACCAACUUCUUCGUUAAUGAGGGUCAGUUGCGAAUAAUGCAGGCUGUGGCCCAAGAUUGUUAUGACGACAAGGGUGCAUCCAAAAGCAACAAACCAAGUACCCUGGAGUUACCUGUUCAAUAUACAAUCUCCGACAGAAACGAGUUCUAUGCUGUUGGCUGUAACAGUAUAGCACGGUAUCAAGGUUUUAGAAUCUUGGGGCCAGACAAGGAAGAAAGCUCUCAAAACACUGUGACAGUGUGUGAAACUACUCUCGGAAAAGAACCUCCGUCGCGUUGCACAUUGUUUGGGUGUGCCCGGAAUUCCAUCCCCGACGGACUACACAAUAUUACAGUGACACUGAAGGCACUGGGUUCACUGGGUUCCCAACGAAGAGAGAACGAUAGCUGGAACAUUGAGUACCCCUGCAGCUACGCCUUCAUUGCGGAACAAAACAAUUUCAAAUUCUCUGCAGAUAGAAGUUUCCAACAACUGGAAACCACAAGGCAGAUGCUUCCGGUGAUUGUUAAUUGGAUGAUUGAAUUUUGGGUGCCUCAUAAUCCUUCUAAUUCUUCGACUGACGAGCAGCCAAACCCCCCAGACAUAUGUGGAAUGGCUCAAGCAGAGCAGAAUUAUCCGUGCAAAGGAAAUAGCAGGUGUGUCGCACAGCAAAGAGAAUUUUUGCAUUACAAACCUGUCAAUGUGUCUGUAGGUUACUUGUGCCAGUGCUUGGCUGGCUACGAAGGGAACCCCUACCUCGGUUGCAAAGAUAUUAACGAGUGCGAGGUUUCAAGCACAGCACUAUGCCCCAAUGGAACGUGCGUAAAUAAUCUAGGAAGUUACUCCUGUGAGUGUCAUGAAGGAUACAGAAGAUACUUCAACCUUAGCCAACAGUAUUGCAUUCGAGAGAGCACUAGCAAAGCACCUCUCGUUCUUAUUUAUAUAGUUGCCGCCGGCAUUCCAGGAACCUUGUUUCUAGUUAUCGCUACAUGGUGGUUUUACAAAGCCAUAAAGAAGAGGAAAACCAAUAAGCGCAAGCAGAAACUCUAUAAACAAAAUGGCGGUUUAUUAUUGGAACAACAAUUAUCUUCUGGUGAGGUUAAUGUAGAAAAAAUUAAGUUGUUCAGCUCAAAAGAGCUAGAGAAAGCCACAGAUCAUUUCAAUGCAAACCGAGUUCUUGGAGAGGGAGGCCAAGGAACUGUUUACAAAGGAAUGUUAACAGACGGAAGAAUCGUUGCCGUAAAGAAGUCCAAGGUCGUUACUGGAAGCGAGAUUGGAGACUUCAUUAAUGAAAUUGUGAUUCUUUCACAGAUUAACCACAGACAUGUUGUCCAACUAUUGGGUUGUUGUCUAGAGACUGAAAUUCCUCUCUUGGUCUAUGAAUACCUACCAAAUGGAACACUUUCUCACUAUAUUCAUCACCAAGAUCAAGAGUUUCCUCUUACAUGGGAAACACGCUUACGAAUUUCCGUUGAAGUUGCAGGAGCUCUAUCCUACUUGCACUCAUCAGCUUCUUGUCCUAUUUACCAUCGAGACAUAAAGGCUGCGAACAUUCUCCUAGAUGACAAGGAUAGAGCAAAAGUUGCAGACUUUGGGACUUCAAGAUCCGUUUCCAUUGACCAUACACACCUUACCACACUAGUACAUGGAACAUUUGGAUAUUUGGAUCCAGAGUACUUCCAGUCUAGCCAAUUUACAGACAAGAGUGAUGUGUAUAGUUUUGGUGUAGUACUUGCUGAGCUCUUGACCGGACAAAAACCAGUUUCUACAACGAGCUCGCAGGAAGGCAGAAGCCUAGCAGCUCAUUUCCUUCAUUCCAUGGAGCAGAAUGUUCUGUUUCAUAUUCUCGAUGAUCAAGUUAUCAACGAUGGUGAGAAAGAGGUGAUUUUAGCAGUUGCAAACCUUGCACGGAAAUGCUUAAGCAUGAAAGGAAAGAAACGUCCUACUAUGAAAGAAGUAGCAGUGGAAUUGGAACGAAUCCAAUUAUCAACUAAAGAUUUGGAUCAUGUUCAACAAAAUAUGGCAGAUAAUGGAGAAGUUCCAACUCAUGAACUAACAACCGUGGCUAGUUGGGAUGUAGUUUCUACAUCAGCCUAUCAUUUUACGGAUGGUAAUACAGAUUCAUGGGAUGUACAACCGCUACUGACUACUGUUUAACACACAGUAGUGAACAAAUGUCUGUUGUAAUAUUCUAUUAUCUAGGUAAGGCAUUGUACCCAUCUUAUUAUAUAUAUAUAUAUAUAUACAUGAAACUUUGUAUAGAUGAUCUUGAAUAACAUACAUAAAUAUUGAAUCGCUUAUAGUGAAAA